CAAAUUGGCACUCCAUUCACUUUUCAACUUGCAUGCAUUUUCUGUAUUCAAAUCUUCCAGGAGAAUCGUUAGCUUCGAGCAGUUCAACUUCAUACUAAACGCCUUUCUACUAUUACUAUAAUAUUAUUUUUUGUUCAACAUAGCGCAUUUAUUUCUUGUAAUCCCCAGUUUCUUUUUCUUUUUUAUUUCUGCCGAAAACAAUCCAAGGCUGCACAGAUUAAAUUACCCACUCCCACAAAAUGGACUCACAUCUAGAGACUUCGGGCAAAGGUGACGCUGAGGAGCAGACGAAUCUGUGGGAGACUGUGCUGAAAGAAGUUGGGUCGUCCAAGACAGCAGCGACAAGGAAGGUGCUCGUUCUGGGCGACUCUAACAGCGGCAAAACUGGAGUGGUGACGCAGCUCUUUCAGGCCUCCCUGCGUCCGCAGUUUGGAAACGGGCUGGAAACAGCCAACACGGGCACAUUGAACAGCGGGCUGGGCGACCAGGGCUUUUCGGAGAUUGAUUCCGUUGUGACACUGAGCAAGCACGAUCUGGCGCUCUCCUACUCCUACAUGGAUGUUCGCGACGAGGAUAAUGAGGAGACUGUUGCUCGCCUUGGCGUCUACCAGCUGGCAUCUGACAGGACGACGGAUCGCGAGCUAUUGCGGUUUGUUUUAGAUGCCAGGUCGUUUUCGACCUCGGCAGCCAUCGUGGUCCUGGACUGGUCGAAGCCCUGGCGGUUUGUCAAGGCGCUGCUGCGCUGGAUCAACGUUUUGGUGCGCGCUGUUGAGAUGGUCUGCGACGAUACCGGCGGCCGUGAGGCCACUGGCAAGACCAGCGGGUGGACGCAGGGCAGGGCCGCUGUGGACGAGUGUCGCGAGAGACUGGAACGCUUCCUGCAGGAGUACACGGAGCCGUCCGAUGUCUCGGCAGAGCACGCUUCGGCCAAGUCCGCCGGUCCUGGCAAUGUGGCGGCGUCGACGGUGGACGUCUUGCUCCCAUUGGGCAAAGGCGUUUUGGAGGCCAACUUAGGCAUUCCCCUCAUUAUAGUGUGCACCAAGUCGGACGCCAUGGAUGUGAUGGAGCGCGAGCGCGGGUUUAAGGAGGAGGACUUUGACUAUAUUCAACAGGUGCUGCGCGCCGUCUGCCUGCGCUUUGGCGCCGCUCUGAUCUACACGUCGACGCAUAAUCCGGCGACUUUCUCCACGCUUUACCACUAUUUGGUCCACAGGCUUCUCACUACGCCACACACAGAAGCAGCCAGGUUGCCUGGAACCGAGGGCGCAGUGCCCAAGUCGCAGCAGGACAUAGACGCUGACUUUAUGGAUGUUGAUGUCCCGCACACACCGAAUCCGCAGCAACAAUCCCCACAGCAGCAGCAGCAGCCACAGAAAUCGCAGCUCAGCUACCCCUUCCGCGUGCGGGCAAAUGUCGUCGACCGCGACGUGGUGUUUGUUCCUGCUGGCUGGGAUUCGGUUGCCAAGAUUGGAUAUUUGCGCGAACCCUUCGACGUCCACGCUGUCCAGGGCAGCUGGGCGGCCGACGAGGUGCGGUAUGAUGAGGUGGUUAUGCGUGCCAUCCGCGAAUCAGCGUCAGUUUCGGACAACAGCGCAAUGCAGCCGGGCUGCCCCGACAGCCUGCUGCAGGCAUUCGGCCAGACUGUGGCUGCGCCCAAACAGCGCGCGGGUGCGGAUGCCGAUGGCAGCAGCACGGUGGCAGCGGUUGCCGCGGCGGCAGCCGGGAUGGCCAACCAAGUGAUGGUCGAGGACGACCAGACAUUCUUUGAACGCCUGUACCACGAGCAGCAAGAUCAGAUGGCCAUGGAGGGGGAGGACGCCGAGGAGCAGGCUAAUGCCAUGGAUAUUGACGGCCGGUCGCGCACACAAGGAUCGUCAAACAAGCUCAUCUCAAGUCUGUUGCGCACCGGGCAUGCAGCGGAGUCGCUGUCGACGGCCAAUGACAGUAUGUCGGACGACGGAAUUGAUGACUUUGACACAAGCAGUAUCUCGCCAUCAUCCUUUGCGCGCCAGCCCACUGCGCGCCCAGUGCCUAGUAUCGAGAGCUCGGAGGCUGGUUAUGGCUCUUUGGGCCGCAGCUCCGGCGGGCGCUUGGUCCGGGGAGCCACUAUGCAGGCGAGUGGAGCGGAGGGACCUCCUCCCGCGUUGCGUCGCAAGCUGACUCUAACUGCGGGCGGUUCCGGUGCUGCUCAGGGGGAAGGCGGUUCUACGAAUGAGGAUUUGACGAGCUUUUUCCAGAACCUGCUGGGCCGCAAGGGUGGCGCCGCUACCUCUUCUUCAACUGCCACCAGCUCAACUGGCAAACUUUCACCACAACAGCCGCCUGCUGCUCGGCCAAUGGGUGGAAGCAUCUCUCGUGCGACUGGUGCUGGACAAAAGGACGUCCAGGCCGAUCUUGAGCGCUGGAAGGCUCAGCUGAAGCGGGCCAAAGAGUAAAGUUUUAAUGAAUGAAAUAAAAAUAUAUA